AUGAUAGCUACAUCCGACACUGGGUAUAAUAAUGAUCAAAUCUCUUUUCAGUGGAUUCAGCAUUUCCAUCGGUCUACAAAAGCUCGCACCAAAGGAACCCACCGUCUGCUUCUAUUAGAUGGAUUUGACUCCCAUUGCACCUUUGAAUUCAUGGAUUUUUGUGAAAAGAACAACAUCAUUCCCUUCUAUCUCAUCCCGCAUACGAGUCACCUAUUACAACCUCUGGAUGUUGGUGUUUUUCAAGCCUUUAAGCAUCAUCAUUCAGUGGCAGUUGAAGAAGCAACAAGACGCGGCUAUUCCAUGGAUUCAGAUACUUGGUAUACUCCUUCAACUGUACGCCAAUUCAACCGAUAUAAACGCAAACUCGAGGCUUUGGAAGAGGAAGAUGAAGAUAACUAUGAUGAGGACUAUAUAUAUGAAGGAUUACAGAAGCUUUAUAAGGGUAGUAUUGCAAUGGCCAAUACAGUGGCUCUUUUGCAGGAGGAGCUCUCGCAGACAACUGCCGCCUCGGCUGCUCGCAAACGCCGUCUGAACGGCUCACGGAGGGUAGUUCAUAAAGGAGGAGUCAUCUCUGCAGAUAAUAUUCGCAAAAUGACAGCUAUUCAUCAUCAGAUUGGUAUUGAGGAGGCAUUGGAGAAGUUACGGCCAAAAUGGAAGAAGGUUAUGAAGGAACUUAAGAGAUAUUGCAGAGACAAAGGCAUUUAUGUUAAUGCCACCAAAUUUACAAGGAAUUCACGGCAAUAG